AUGGGUAAGAGUCGGACGAAGCGCUUCAAGCGACCUCAGUUCUCCCCUGUAGGUAGCUGUCAGGCCGAGGCGGCGGCAACGGCGAACGGGACUGGGGACGAGGAGGACGACGGGCUGGCGGCGGAGCUUCUGGAGAAGCUCCAGCACCCGAGCGCCGAGGUCCGCGAGUGCGCCUGCGCGGGACUGGCCCGGCUAGUGCAGCAGCGGCCGGCACUACCAGACUUAGCCCGCCGGGAUGCCGUGCGGCGGCUUGGGCCGCUGCUGCUGGACUCAAGUCUAGCGGUAAGGGAGACGGCGGCCGGAGCUCUGAGAAACCUCAGUGCUUGUGGAGGUUUUGACGUUUGUGAUGACAUGGUGGCUAAGGACAUCAUGACACCCCUGGUGGCACUACUAAGAGAGUGUAGCUCUGGACUGGAUUCCAACGAGAUGUCUCCACAGGAGAAAGCCGAUAAGAAAAGAAACUCUAUAGAGAGCAUAGCCAAUGAGGCUGUGAAUGUGUUAUGGAACGUAUGUGAAUGCAGUAGUAGAGCAGUAUCCAUUUUCAACAAAGAAGGGUGUUUGGAGAUUGUGUUACAGUACUUACGUCGCUUCCCCACCAGCAUUGAUCUGGCUGUCUCCGUAGCCUAUUGUUUACAGACAGUGACAGAAGAUAAUCCAGAGCUCCUGAAAUCUUUUGAUGGCACAGCACUGCGUGUACUGGAGUCUGCUUUGCUUUGUCCUGUCACCUCUAUGGAAUACAUUCUUCUAAAGACACUGGUGGCAGGCACAAUCUGGAACCUAAAGGACAUUAUUCCGUCUAAGAGCCAGGCAGAAAUCAUAAAUGCCAUCCUAAACACGUUGUCUGAAGUUCUGGGGGUGAAUGCUGGCGACACAGUCAUUCAGAUGAAGGAGGCUGAAACCCAGCGACUAAAGGAUGCCGCAGAGAGCGAGGACAUACUAGCCAAUGCCAACGGCGAUGGUGAAAUGGAAUUUCAAGAUGAUGAAAUGGAAGAAAUUCCUCAUAAAAGAAAACUCAGAAGGAAAACGUUUAUUUCCGAUUUACUUCCAUCUACUGACAAGGAGCUGAGAGAGGCCAUGGCGUUGCUGACCGCUCAGCAGACUGCUCUGGAGGUUAUUGUCAACAUGUGCUGCAGUGAAGAUCCCUCCGAUGAUGAGUGGGAAGAGCUUUCUAGUAGCGAUGAAAGUGAAGCCUUUAUGGAAAACUCCUUCAAUGAGUGCAGUGGACAGCUGAUGUCCCCAUUGUGCCUGUCCCAUGAGAUUCACUCUGCCCUUACCAACUGCCUCAUUCCAAAGAAAGUUUUUGAGAAAACAUCGUCACCAAACAGUGAUGCAGUUGACAUAUGUUCUAAGAACCCUACUUGGAAACCUUUGAUUAGGAAAAUGAGCACCAUUCAGUGUAGAGCCCUUAUGUGUCUCCAGAGUCUUGUGUCUCUCCUGGACAUAGACCAUCUCGGUGGAGCCCCAGCCCUUCAAACACUUGCUCAGCACCUGUCGCAGCUUCUUUUUUCUCAGCCAGAUUUUGCUAAACAUGCUGAUUUUCUAGAAGCCAUAAGUAGUGCUUUGAGGGCCCUUUUGCAAACAAUGGCCUCCAAGAACAUUCCACAGUGCAUGACACCUGAGCAGCUGAUGACACUGUGCAGAGAAGGCAUUCAUAGUAGUAGCAUCGGGGUUAGAGUGAAUGUGGUCAGUAUUUUGGGGAUCACUGGCAGUGUCCUAGCCAAAGAAGAUGGCACACUUGAAACUCUGAAGACCAUUGGGUGCUUUCUGCUGGAAGUCACCACCAAAGACCCUUCCCUCGUGGUAGCAGGAGAGGCUUUGGAUGCCCUCUUUGAUGUUUUUGCAGAUGGUGAAGAAGCUGAAAAGGCUUCAGUUCAAAUUAAAUUGUUAGCAGCUUUGAAAGAAUUCCAGCCAGUCUUCAAAAUGAAGAUGCGGAAAGAAGGGAGGGCCAGAUACAGCCCGGAUCAGCUGUGUGUUCUCGACAAUGUGAAGAUGAAUCUGAGGCGCUUUAUUGCUUACCAGGAAACUGUUGAGAAAAGACUGACUUCUUAAACCGUCAAGAGGACCAGAGCUGGGGCUGCCUCUGUAGCUGCAUGCCUCGCUGGUAUGAACAGUCCUGGGUCUGUGCCUACCUCUUGAGAAAAAAAGAAGAGGAGAAACUACUUCUCCUUUCCCUUGAACGUAUGUGCUUCCAAACGCCUUCUUUUCUUUUUUCUUUUCUUUUUUCUUUUCUUUUUGAGACAGGUUCUCUCUAGGUAGCCCCUCGUGGCCUGGAGCUCACAGAGGUCUACCUGUCUCAGUUUCCUGAUUGCUGGGAUUUUAGGUAUUCAACACCACCCCUGUCCUCUGAAAGCCUUUUUUCUUUCUUUUCUUUUUCUCCUUAAGAUUUAUUUAUUUUUUAUGAGUACAUUGCUGCUGUCUUCAGACACACCAGAAGAGGGCAAUGGACCUCAUUACAGAUGGUUGUGAGCCACCAUGUGGUUGCUGGGAAUUGAACUCAGGACCUCUGGGAGAGCAGUCAGUGCUCUUAACUGCUGAGCCAUCUCUCCAGCCUCCAAAAGCCAUUUUUCAGUACUUCAUUCUGGAUGUUAGUUUGGAUGCAAGAACCUGUAGGAAAUGUGUGUUACAUCUCCAGCAUAUUUUAGCCACUGACAAUGUGUCACAAUCUGAGGUGCUGGGGUGGCACUCAGGGCCUUGCUCCUGCUCGGUGAGCACUCUACCACUAACCACACCCCUGACCCUCAGUGUGGCUCUUAACUUAAGGGCAGUAAAGAGACUUCAGACAAUUAUGGCUGAGUUUUUUGAGAAAAGAAAUUAAGUCAUUGUUUGGAUUGAUUUUUAAAGCCAAUAUCAUUUUGUAUUAGCUAACUCCUAACUGAGAUAUCAAGAUAAGCUUUAUAAAAUAUUUUGUUAUGGAAUACUAUGUACCAAUUAUGAAUCUUUUGUGAAGUAAAUGAAUUUGUCAUUGUGUGGAUAAUGGGGUGAUUGUAUUCUGCAUGGGGUGUCUGAGCAGUUGUGUAACAUCAUUCCCUGUCUUAAUUUGAUAAGGAAUUAGAGAGUGGUAGAAAAUGCUGCUAUGGUGGUGCACACCUUUCAUCCCAGACCUUCAGAGGCAGAGGCAGGAGGAUCUCUUGAGUUCAAGGCCAACCUGGCCUACAGAUGGAGUACCAGGACAGCCGAGAGACCCUGUCUCAAAAAAAAAAUAAGAAUUAGUAGAAAAUAUUUUUGAAUAAAUAACCUUUAACUGGA